GGUUUGUGUUUUUGUUAAGUGACGAUUAUUUUAUGGUACUAGUAUCAUAUUAUAACUCGUUUGAUAUAAAUGAUGCAUAUUUAGGCAGUAAAAGAAAAAGAAAAAAAUAUUAUAUAUAGUACUAUCCUUAGUCUAUGGUUAUGUGAUUGAAGGACAUAUGACAUCGACAUUUCUUGUGUCAGUGCCACAUUCGAUGACGUUCAGCUAACGAAAGCGGUUUUGGAACUGAAACAGUAUCUUUGAGUUUAUUCAGUAAAGCAAUUCUCGCAAUCCUUUAGUUUGUUUAUUAUUAUUGACCCUUAAAUUGUACACUUCGCUGACUCUUAAUACCAGCUAUGUCGGCUGUGGGACAACAAACCCAACAAUUACAACAAGAUUUACAAAAUGAAUUGACAACAGCAAACCAACUUUUACAUUUGAUUUCCAUAGAAUUGCAACAAAUCAAAUAUUUCACAAGAAGGAAUGGUGAAUUUGAAGAAAAUAUUAAACAGAAUGCAUCCUUAGUGAUGAGUCUAGCAAGUUUGCAACAAGUUAAUGUGGAAAAUCUGCCACCACUGACACAUAAAGAAAUUGACAUGAGCACAAACACAAAUAUUAGUAAAUGUGUACAACAUGAAACAUUUAGAAAUAGCUCAGGAAUGGAUGACAGUCAGUAGAACACUUUAAUUAUGCUUGAAUUAGAAUUAUAUCUGGUAAUAGUACAAAAUUUUCCAUAAACUUAUAUUUUCCUAUUUUAUGUCCAGUGUAGUUGUUUCUUUACCCAAUAAAUAUUUUAAACAUUUUCAA